AUGAAGCUCAACACCAUCUUCUUCGCCGCUAUGGCUUCUUUCGUUCUCACGGGCCCUCUCGCAGUCCCGAACGACGUCCCCGCCCUCAUCUCUGAGCCCAAGCCAGCCGACGUCACUGGCAACACCGAGUCCACCGGUGGUGAGGCCAUCAACACCACUCCUGCCCGCGACUGCCGCCAGUGCGACGAUUUCUACCGCAAGUGCAUGGGUUCUACUUGGUGCUGGUACGAUCCCAUGGCCUGCUCUAAGACUUGCAACCUCGACACUUGUCGCAAGUUCAACAAGGCCUGCACUCCCUGCGGCUACACUGAUAGGUGCUAG